UUGCCCUGCCUCCUCCACCGAAAGAAACCCACCCCCAUCCAUGCCCUCCUCCUCCGCCGCGCCGCCGCCCCCGCCGUGACGGCCAAUGCCACCCCGCGCCGCCGCCGCCGCCGCCGCCGCCACCACGAUGCCGCCGCCUCCCUCGCCCCGCGACCACACCUCCUCCGCCUCCAGCCUCCACUGCGGCGAGGACGUCUCUGAUGCUGACGCGUGGAUCCCCGCCCAUUCCCCGGACCCAUCCUCCUCCUCCUCCUCGCCGCCCCCGCCGCCGCCGCCGCCCCCGCCGCUUCCGCCCUGUUACUACCCUUUUCCUCUUCCUCUUCCCUCCGACGACGACGAGGCCGCCGCCGCCGUCGCCGGCCUCAUCGACUCGGAGACCGACCACAUGCCCAGCCCCGACUACCUCCGGCGCUGCCGCGACCGCUCCAUCGACGUCACCGCGCGCCAAGACUCCAUCAACUGGAUCUUGAGGGUGCAUGCACUUUAUCACUUCCGACCAAUCACCGCCUUCCUCUCAGUCAACUACCUCGACCGUUUCCUCUCCUUCCAUUCUCUCCCUAGGGAGGCAAAUGGGUGGGCGUUCCAGCUGCUAUCGGUGGCGUGCCUGUCGCUGGCGGCGAAGAUGGAGGAACCGGACGUGCCGCUGCUUGUGGACCUCCAGGCGUUCGACCCCAAGUUCGUGUUCGAGCCCAGGACGGUGCAGAGGAUGGAGCUCUGGGUCAUGUCCAACCUCAAUUGGAGGCUCCGCUCCGUCACUCCUUUCGAUUUCCUCCAUUCCUUCGUCCCCAAGCUCCCUUCCCUCUCUUCUCCUUCCUCGUCGUGCCGGGUGCUGUCGACUUCAUCGGAUCUCAUCGUCAGCACCACCCGAGUGAUCGACUUCUUGGGCUUCACGCCGUCGACGAUAGCGGCGGCCGCCGUGCUGUGCGCCGCCGGGGAGGGCGGCGACGAGCCUCCCGUUAUUCACGACAGGUUGGACAGGGAAAUGGUGAGAAGCUGUCGCCAACUAAUGGAGGAGUACCUGGUGGACACGUGUCCCUCUGCGACGGUCAAAGUUGCGGACCCCGAGCCGCCUGCCGCGCCGCCCAGCCCAGUGGGAGUCCUCGACGCGGCCGCCUGCAGGAGCUGCGACACGCGCUCCGACAACCCCAGCGCCACCGUCACCAGCCGAGCCGAGCAGCCACCGCCGCUGCCGCCGCCGCUCCCUCCCCCGCCGCCGCCGCCCAACAAGCGGCUCCGAUUCUCCGGCCCGGAAUCGUCAGAAGAUGUACAGGAACACUAGAUAAGAGACCAGUGCCGCCACCGCCGCCACCGCCGCCACCACCACCGCCCAUCUCUAUCUCUCUCUCUUCUCUAAUAUUUAAUUUUUUUGCCAGGGAGAAAUUCGCGAAUUCGUAAUAAAUUCUUUUUUCUUUCCAGUAAUUCGAUUUUCUCGUCAUUGAGGGAUUUAAAAAUAGAUAGGUAUUCAAGGGCUGGAGAAGGGGGGUCUUUUAGGAAGGAGGAACAGAGAAUUUUGUCAGCGACAUUGACAUUAUUGUUUUCUAUCAUUGUCACUCCUAUAAAAAUGCCUAAAACAAAUAUUUAUAUAUAUAUUUCCAUUUUAUUUUUUA